AUGCCUGCUAAGAAGGAGAAGUCUGGCGCUGCCAAACCAAAGACCGCCGCCGCCCCCGUCCAUGGCAGCUACAAAGAGAUGGUUCGCGAUGCUAUCAUCAAGCUCAAGGAGCGUAAUGGAAGCAGUCGGUCUAAGCUGAAGCAAUACGUCCUUGCAAACAACAAAGGCCUUGAGCAAGGCCCAUCAUUCGACACCAUGUUUAACAAAGCAGUCAAGUCUGGCGUCGAGAAGGGCGAAUUCGCUCAGCCGAAAGGACCCUCUGGCACAGUCAAACUUGCUAAGAAAGAGCCCGUCACCGCUGAGAAGAAGCCUACCGUCGCAAAGAAGAUCACCAAGGCCGAUGCCCCUAAGAAAGCCAAAGCCCCCAAGAAAGCAGCCACCGGCGCUACGAAAGCCAAGGCAGCCCCAAAGAAGACCGCAACAAAGGCUAAGCCUGCUGCGAAGCCCAAGUCCGCUGCUAACACCGGCGCGAAGAGGAAAAGCAAGGCACCCGCUGCCGCACCAGCAGUAGUCGACGAGAAGAAGGUCCUCGGCAAGACCAAAUCCGGGCGCGUAACCAAGACUCCAGCCAAAUCUGCUAAAUCCUCCGCGAAGAAAGCCGCACCCAAGAAGAAAGCUGCAAGCACGCCGGCGAAGAAAGAGAAAACGCCUAAGAAGGCAACGCCAGCUAAGGAGGCUGCUGCAUAG